AUGUCCAAGCUCAACCCGAACGCGGGCGAAUGGGUUCCCACUUUUUCAGCAACUGUAGCUUCUCCGAGCAAUUCUUUGUCUCCAGUGAAAACACAUGCCCCUACUAGCCAAGAUCAGACACCAGUCCAAAACGAGACAGAGUUGCUGGCAAAGUCAGGCGUUAAUAUGUCAGUUUAUCGAAAAACAACGCUGGAACGUACGAUUGAAUUCGGACGCGGAAUUUCGUCGAAUAAUAACGAAGAGUCAAUUUCUUACGAAGGAUAUUCACCACUGCACAAUCGAUAUAUUUACUCGAGAGAUUAUUUGCUCAAGUUUCAGCCACUAGGAGAUCGAGUGCUUAAAUUCAUUCCGGAUGUCGUGAAAAAUUUCACGCCGCCAAAAAAAGUUGGCAACAAAGUGAAAGGUACACUGGUUUACACAAAAUCAGAUCUUCUUCAGUUCCAACCGCUGUACGAAAUGAUGCCCGAAAAUUUUACGUGGGCGGACACAAUUGGUGCUGAUGCUGUCAUGGGAGAGAAUAAGGGUCGAAAAGGCAAAAAGGAUAAGUUUCGUCAGAGAGCGGGUGUCAUGCCCUCUUUAGUCUGUUAUUUUAAUCCGACAGAGUAUGCAACGGCCAUGAAUAUGGGACUCUAUACGGGCCCUCCAGCUGAUGAACAAGUCAACGGGUUGGACGGCAAUAGCAAGUUAUCAGUAUCUGAACCAGUAAAUCCGGUCGAAGAAGCGAUUAUUGCCAAGCGCCGUAUUUCCACAUUAUUGGAUGAUGUGCAGUCAACGACUGUGUCACUUCUUCUGGAAGCAUUUAUGGGUAUUACGAUCAGUUGCAUUCACACAUUGCAAGAAAUUGUAGGAUUUCUGUUUGACCGUGCAAUUGCUCAUCCUGAUUUAAGCGAUUCAUAUGCUAAAUUAUGCACUGGCAUGUCAGAGCGAAUGCCAGAGUUCAAAGAUGGCGCAAAAACGAUCAAUUUUCGACGAAUUCUUCUGACUAAAUGCUACGAAUCGCUUAUUGAAGAACCUAGCAGUCCGUCUACAAAUUUUUAUAAUGCACAAAAGAUUGGAAGCGGUGGCGAGACGCAACACUCGUGGCGACGAAAAUGCAUGUUGCAAAAUGUUGGGCUGAUUGGCGAGUUAUUUCGACGGCAACUGCUCACGGAGAACAUCAUGCAUGUCUCUGUAGCCAUGAUGCUUGAUGAUGAAGCGAAUCCACAAGCUGAGAUCAUAGAGGCAGCUUGUGGACUUUUAAAUUUGGUUGGAGAUUUGCUUGACGGAUCUAGUCCAGCUUCACGAAGAACGAUGGAUGAAUAUUUUGCAGUUCUCACUCGAAUUUACGAGAAUUGUCAGCUUCCAGACAGCGUGAAGAAGAUGAUUAAUGAUCUCAAGACUGUUCGAGCUAGUGGUUGGAUAAAAAAUCGCCAGGAACAUACGUCUGUGUCGAGUCCACCAGUUGCUAAAGAUUCAGAAAAGACCGAAAGCAACACAUUGUCAUGUAAUGGACAUUGA